ACCAUUUCAACGUGCAUUGGAAUACUUUUUCCUAGUCAAAGCGCUGUUAUUUUUCUCGGCUUUGGUGUAUAUUCAUAUGUCUUUUAUAAAGAAUCCAGCUACUUGUCUUGAACAGGUGCAGGAUUGGCCAAGGGAUGGAGUUUUGCGAGUGGAGGUCAUUCCUAAUCUGGACAAACGAAUGGAAUUGUAUGAGGAGAGUCAAACAUUUGAUAGAAUUAUGCGAAGGCUACAUUAUGAUUAUUUUUAUGGCAUUGGACCAAAAACUAAAAAUCAACUGUAUCACCAUCAUUAUGCUACAAAUGAAACAUUUACCUAUUACUUAGAACAAGAAAACGUUUAUGAAAGUUACUUAAAAGACAGGCAACUGCAAUCGGAAUACAGCGAGAAUCCUGACAUGGAUGAUGAUGAACAAUAUAUUGUUGAAUAUUCACUGGAAUAUGGUCAUUUGCGUUUGUCACCAGCCACUCGCAAACGACUGCAAAUACCGGUGAGAGUUGUGCGUUUGGAUCCACUGAAUAACAAAUGUUUUGGUGACAGAUUUAGCAAGUUUUUACUUAAGGAAUUAUUGGGGUAUGACGAUUUACUGAUGACUUCGGUUCGUGUAAUUGCCGAAAAGGAAGAAAAUAAAGGCUAUUUACGUAAUGUCAUUACUGGCGAACAUUAUCGUUUUGUUUCUACAUGGUGGACUGCCUGGAGUUCAUAUCCCACAGCCUUCUUUGUUAUGAUAUUAUUUACCUUCUCAAUCUCCAUGUUGUUGAGAUUUUCACAUCAUCAAAUAUUUGUUUUCAUCGUGGAUCUAUUACAAAUGUUGGAGUUUAAUGUAACAGCCCGAUUCCCCAUUGCUCCACUAUUGAUUGUUAUAUUGGCCUUAGUUGGCAUGGAAGCUAUUAUGUCAGAGUUUUUCAACGAUACAACAACCGCUUUUUAUAUAAUUCUUAUUGUAUGGGUUGCUGAUCAAUAUGAUGCCAUAUGCUGUCACACAAGUAUUACUAAACGCCAUUGGCUAAGAUUCUUUUAUUUGUAUCAUUUCGCCUUUUAUGCGUACCACUAUCGCUUUAGUGGACAAAACCGCAGUCUGGCUCUGGUCUCAUCAUGGCUGUUCAUACAGCAUUCCAUGUUGUAUUUCUUUCAUCAUUACGAGCUGCCCGUGAUCAUGCAACAGGCCCAGGUACUCAUAUUAACGCGUAAUCAAAACGAUGGUGGCGGUGGCGGAAAUGUGGUUGCCGGCAAUGGACAACAACAGCAACCACAACAACAGCAGGGACAAAACCGCGCUGCUGCUGGCGGGGGUGGUGGUGGUGUUGGUGUUGGAGGUGGUGUUCAGCCGGGACAACAGCAACGACAAGCGGGUACCUUUGUGGCAAAUCGCAUUUUCCGUUUGGUGCCAUUGCCCCAGCAUCAGCAGCACCUGCAGGGGGGACAGCAGCAGGGCCAUGGUGGCCAGGGCUUACAAGUGCAACCGCAACAGCUGCCAUUCGUUGGUGGUUUGCUACAACAUUAUGCAGGACAAAAUGUUGGCGGAGCUCUGGGCAUGAUAAGGCGGGCGCUGUUUGCGAGAGGCUGGCGCCAGCCUCCCAUACAUGUGCGUAUACAGACAACCGGCAACUUGCAACGCAUCAAUUUGGGUUCCAUACAAAUAAACCCCGAGAAUUUGGCACGUGUUCCCGGUACACCAUCGCCAUCGCCGUCGUCAACGACGACGAUGACAUCGGCCCCAUCCACAGCCAAUAAUGCAUCCUCAUCGACCACCGCAACCGCAGAUGGCGGUGGCGGCAGUGAUAGUGCUCGUGGUGGCGUUGGCGAUGCCAGUAGCUGUAGUUCCACUACGAAUCGCAUGGACAACACAGCUAAUACGAUAGUUGUCACGGGCUCAGAUAGCCGCAGUGCGUCAGCUCCCUUAAGUAGUGAUAGUUUCUCAACAUCAACAGCAUCAUCCUCACCAUCAACAGCUGUUCCCACGGUUUCGCCAGCAGUUACGGAUUCCUCCAAAGGAGAUUCCCUAGUAGAGAGUGAAACUGAAGUAAAUGCCGUUAAGGAUUGCAUCAAAAGCGAACAAACAGUUGACGACGAAACCCCCAGCCCACUAUAGGCAAUGGAAGAAGCUAUCUAACACCCACACACACCUACAUUAAACACCUUAACUUAACUUAUGCAUAAAUUUUAUACAGAUUUCUAUGAAGUUUUCUGAAAUGGAGACGACGAAGUGGCCUCAGCAGCAUCACCAGCAGCAGCAACUGCCGCAGCAGUGGCAACAGUAGCAGCAGAUUUAUAGCAAAACCAAACGACAAAAUUUUGCUCCAAUAUGAAAGACUUAUUAGAACAUGGAAUGUUUUCAUACAUUUUUUUAACCUCCUAUCCCCCGCUACCGCCCCCUCCCUCUCUCUCGCUCUGCACUGAGAGAAAUUUCGUUUGUUUUAGUUUUUUUUUUUUAUUUAUUUUUAGUGUUCCCUCGAAAUGGAAUAUUCCCUUACGUUUGGCAUUGUAAAAUUAUUUUUAUUUUUAAUUCGCAAAAAUAAAACAUACCCUAAGCGAUUGUAAUUUACUCGAUCUCAAACGAGGUGAAUUUAUCACGAAAAAUUUAUUGAAAACCAAA